AUGGCCAUCUCCAUUGCCGACAGUUCCUGUAGCCCGACGAGGUCGCUCGGUCUGUUGUUGGACCCGGAGAAGGUUGACCUUCCCCGUCCCAAGCAGAGCAUGUGGCAUCGCCUGGGCCUUCGCAGGUGGCUGGGCCGCGAUGAUCGAGAUUUCUCCUCACAUUCCCCCGCUGGCGACGCUGCCCCCACCGCAAAUAAACCCAAUUCUCCAGCCGCCCACAACGAGCAUAAUGGUAAUCAGAACAGUAACAACCACCACAACUCAUCCCCCAACGGCAAGAACACCAACAACAAGCCGCACCACAGCAACCACAAAGCCCACGAUAAUCUCAAGCGUCGCCUGUCCAGAAAGGUAGGGGUUGGUCUGCCGCGAGCCACUACCUUUAAACGACAGAAUUCCGAGCGGCGAGACAAUCUAUCACCCCUAGAACCCGAGCCCCGUCGUGCAGUGUCUGCCGACCGUCGUCGCGCCGUGAGCUCCCACCGGUCCAGAUCCCCACCGCCCACCGUGGACCCCAGACUGUCCGCUCCCGAGGUUCAGUGGCGCGAAGACCCGAGCGAGACCACGGUCGAGCGACUACCUGAGGCGAAUGAGGACAGCGACUUUCUCUCGGAAUGGAACCCCUGUCCUGACGUGGCGGAAGCUCCCGAGGAGCUACCGGACGACACGCUCGAGAUGGAACUGGAAAAGCGAUGGAUUUUGAACCUGAGCAUGCAUUUUCGGGAUCGCUCGGAGCGGGAAAAGUUUUUCGUCACAUACGCUGAGACUCCAACUCGGUGGCGGAGAGUCACCAUAUCCUGCGACUACCGCGGUGCGCCCCCGGAUUCCCUGGAACAAGACCUGAGGGAAUUGCGGUAUCAGCGAGACAAGUGUGCCCGAAUUUACGAGUCGAUUCGCGAGUCGCUGUCGGAGAUUCAGUUUUACGACACAGUCACCAACCUGAAGCUGGAAACUCGCGACGGCCGCCUGCAUGUGCACGUUACGGAAGAUGUCAACGAAAUCAUUCCCUAUCCGCCUGUUUCUUGUAUCGGACAUUUGCCACAAGCGCGACUGGUCCCCGAGAACCAGCUCCAUUUCGACGCGCAUCUAUCCGGCUUCGUCUACAACGUCCAGUUAGAUGGCAAGGCAUACAUCAAGAAGGAGAUUCCUGGACCCGACACAGUAGAUGAGUUUCUGUACGAGAUCAACGCGCUUCACGCCUUACAGGGCACCCCUUAUGUUGUCCGGGUAGAAGGAAUCGUGGUCGACGACCUGCAGCAGGUGGUCAAGGGUCUUCUCAUUAGCUAUGCAGAGAAGGGAGCUUUGGUCGACAUUCUCUACGAGAACCGUGGCUUGAUUUCCUGGGAGCGGCGGGAACGCUGGGCCAGGCAGAUCGUCCACGGUCUUUGUGAGAUCCACGAGGCUGGCUACGUACAAGGAGACUUUACUCUUUCCAACAUUGUUGUUGAUGCCGACGACAAUGCCAAGAUCAUUGAUAUCAAUCGCCGGGGCUGUCCGGUAGGAUGGGAACCUCCUGAGAUUGCGGCGAAAAUCGAGAGUAACCAGCGAAUAUCGAUGUAUAUUGGAGUGAAGACGGAUCUGUUUCAGCUGGGCAUGACAUUGUGGGCUCUGGCAAUGGAGGAAGAUGAGCCAGAACGACAGCCUCGUCCUCUAAUGAUUCCACCGGACGCACGGGUACCGGACUACUACCGUAGGUUGGUCUCUAUCUGUUUGAGUGCCACCCCCCGACACCGGCUGUCGGCCAAGGAACUUCUAGGCUUUUUUCCCCGCAAUAUGUGGAUGACCGAGCAGUCGUUUCCUCCGAUACGUCCUGCACAGACAGGCCUCGGCGUCGCCUUACAGAAUGGCGCUUUGCCACUGUACGAUCCCCGAGCGGCUUUUCUGUAUCACCACACGCAGCCUGUAGUCAAUGGGGCGUCUUUCGACACUCAAUUAUCGCUGGAUGAUACAUACUCAUUACAGCAUGACGGCAGUGACUUUGCUUCUACUUCUCCAGAUAGAGAAAAUUACAUCAUGUCCAGGGAGCAGCAAGCCGGGGUGGCUAGAACAGCGGAGCACGAACUGCUCGAAAGGGAACCCCUAUCUGCAGCCCAGCGCAGAGUAAACGCAGUCACCUAUUCACCAAUGGCUAAUGGAGUCUUUCCUCAGACAAAUCUGAGAGGCUCUCAUGCAGUACACAACACCGUUCCAAGGUAUAUGGAGGACGAGCCUGAUUUGGUCGCCAACGCUCAUCCUCCUUAUCCGCGACGAACAAUGGACGGUGCAGUUGAUCAAAUCCCCUGUGAAGCGGAUCAUUUGCCGAAAGAAUUUGCCGGUGUAGAGGGGCAACUAUCGCCAUCAUUGAAUCGCUAUUCAUCCAACAACCUAUCGGAAAUGGGACGGUCUCAAGAAUCUCCAAUGUCAUCAGCAGAUACCCAAUCAACGGAUUUAUACCCAGCUCACUUGACUGACCUGGGACAGGCGCUGAUUGACGACCAACAUUGGCCAAUGGAAGCGCCGUCGCGUUCCGUUUCUUCACUUCUUCACUCGAUACUACCGAUUAAUCCUGCAGCCAAUGCCCCAGACCAGAAAAUGAUAGACUCAGACGCAGACCGAUUCUCGCAUCUGAGUAUGAGUUCCACCUUGGGGUACCCUCACCAAGGCCUCCAAGAACCCACGACCUAUUUGAGCGAAUCUCAUUUACCCAUCAACCCAGCAUUUACGGAAGACGCCAUAGGCGUCCAUAUGACAGGAAGGGAGUGUUGA